AUGUCAGAACAACAAGAACAACAAAACCCACCACUGCAACAACCCCCACAAGAUCCCAACCCCAAUGAUCGACCAGGGACUCCACCCCGCCCGCCUUAUUCCCCCGUAACACCCGUCUUCGCCCACCUCGCCCCCGUCCCGAAUCUCCCCACCGGCGUCGCACCGCCCAUCGUCCCGCCUGCGACUUCCCCCUCCCCGACCACACGACUCGCCUCCGAUGCGUCUAUCGCGCCCGAUCUGCCUCCGCCCGCGGAACCCGCCGCCAGCGCACCGCUGUUCGCGCCCGCGGAGCCGGCGCCCGUGCCGAUCUCGGAGACCGAUAACCCGGAUGCCAUCGCGCUCCGCUCGGCGCUCUCUAUCUUGCAGAUGCAGAAGCAGCAGAGCUUACGCGAUAUCCGCGCUCUCGAGCGACUGAAGACCGCGGCGGCUGCCGACCCGGAGGCGUUUGCGCGUGAGCUGGCUGCGGGGCGGCUCUCCGCUGCCGAUCCCGGGGGAUUUGUCAACUUCACGGCUGAUGAGGAGGAGGAGGAAGAGGGGGGACGCCGGGAGGAAGGUGGUGGUCGGGCCCGGCUGGAUACGAUACCCACGCCGCAGAAUGUGGUCCGCAUGCCGCCCGUCAACUGGGCCAAGUAUCAGGUGGUCGGUGAGCCGCUGGAUAAGAUGCACGAGGAGCAGCGGCGGCGACCGUUAGCGGGGGACCCGAGACGAGAUUCAUCUGCGCAGCAGCCGUUGCAGCAGCAAAGAGCGCCGGAGCAUCUGCUGGCGUCGCCGUAUCGGCCGCUGGUGGAUAGGCUAGAAACGCCGGCGGAGAGGGCCAAGACGGAAGGCAAGAACAAGAAGACGUGA